AUGGCAGUGAAAAGAAGCAUCUCCCGUGGAGGGUGUUCCAAGUGUCGGGAAAGAAAAAAGAAGUGCUCUCAAGAGAAGCCAAGCUGCUCGUAUUGCACCAAGCGAAACAUAGAUUGUGUUUAUCCGUCCAAUCAAUUCAUAUCAUAUGACCAAAAUGGCCACAAGAGAAAAAGCCAGCUGACGGACUUGCUGAACGAUCCGACUACAACUGACACUACAGUACCACCUUUGAAGAAAAAGAGUCUUGUUCUCUAUUUGCCUACUAGUGAGAUCAUUUCCUCUUCGUCAAAUAUCCCGACGGUAAGCGAUGGAGUGAAGACAGUUCAAAUUUUCAACGAGAAAGCUCUCCUGAGCGAAAACUUCUCGGUUUCUGAUUUGGCCCUGUCUGGUUACAGAGCCAAUUUGGCAGAUAACAACGAGUCAGUGGACAUAAAGUCGAAUUUGGCAUUGAUACUGGGUAAUAGAAAGGUCAAGACUAGCAGUGAAGAUGAUCCACAGACUGUAUAUGACAGUCCCGAUCAUAUAAAUCUGAAGAUAGACCCAGAAAAGCUACGGAACAUCAUCUACAUUGAGGCCCCUGCUGUUUCCGAAGACGAUUUCUCAAAGUUCACAAACUUGCCAAGCUUCAUAGACAAGGAAUUUGCGGAUUAUUUGUUUAGAUACUACUGUGAAUAUUCCGUUUGCGAAGAAGAGGCCGAAGAAAAUGGUCAGUAUCUGAGCUUUUUGAAGAUAUGCUUUCCCUUGAUCGUGGGCAAUAUUCUGGUUCUGAAGUGUGUAUUCAUUCUUGCAUAUCUUCAAAUGAUGAAGUCCAAAAAUCCUCAGCACGCUCAGUAUAAAAAUAUGACUCCCUGGAUGGACAAGAUGUAUGUUGAUUCUCUGAACGAGUUGAGCAGGAGAUUGACCUACAGGAUAUCUGUUGGAUGCGACCAUUCGUUGAUGUGUGUCUACCUUCUGUUAUCUAUCGAAACUUUAAAAGGCUGCAGGACGACAAUGUGGACCCGCAUUUUAAAGCUGGGAAAGUCAAUGGUCACAUUGAGAGGAGGUGCUCAGAAACUUCUCGAAUCUCCCACGGGAGCAUGUUUAUGCAAGCUGUUGUCCAUGUACUAUACCAAUGGUAUAUCGUUUGAUUCUACAAUUACUCCGGACAAUUCCUCUUCCGGUUUCCACUCCACUGAUCUUGAAUUGAUGAUGGACACUACGAUAAACGGUCUGCAACUUUACGACAACCGGAACUACUUUCCAGGUGUUCCGACAGAUGAGUUUCUUGCAAUAGUCAAACUCUACGCCAGAAUUUCCAACCUGUAUUUUUUGCUGGAAAUUUCUAUGAAGGCAAACCUGUCCAACGAUCACAUGAGGUAUCAAUUUGUGAGUUCCUGGAACAUGAAUAGCGUAUUAGAAGAGGCAGCUUCUUUGGACAAACGGCUUAACGAAAUGUCCAUCACUCCUUCUGCAUUUGAGCUAGCAUUUCGUUUUGCUAGAGAUGCCGGCGUUUUGUAUCUUCGCCAGUCGGUGUUUCGUCAAGUGUCCAAUAGUCCCGGUACUAUUAUUCUUGUGAAGAGAAUGCUGGAAUAUAUCGACCAGCUGUUCGACACUUACACCAAGAGUGGUAAGAACGAGGUGGUGUUCACGCUGCCAUUAUUGAUUCUUGGAAUUGACAUAGUGGCCAAGCUUGACAGAAAUUGGUACAUAUCCAGAUUGAGACGAAUUUAUGACAAUUUGAGCAACGAGAUGAUUCUCACGGUCAUCAUGUUAUUGGAGAGGGUUUGGGAAAUUAACACAGAUGGUUUCACGUUGGUGGACUGGCGGAGACUUUCUGACGAACAGUCUUUAUUUGUGACUUUUGUUGGCAAAUAA